AAGAAAGAGAAGGGGAGCAGGGGAACCAAUUCGGUUCAAAAUGUUGGUUGAACCAGUUAGAAUCAGAUAAGUUAACGAACCUGGUUCGGUCUGUAUUGUUUGGCUCAAUUCAAUAACUGAACCGGUUUUAGGGUUUAUUUUUUUUAAUCUGAAUCCCAAAUCUUUUCUUCUUCUUCAUCACGAGGAAAAAGGGUCGGCUGGUUGUUAGAUGCAGCCUCUUGAGCCGUCGGUCUCGCAUCUUCCGGGACUGCUUCUGCCAUGCGAGCCAAGCUUUCUUUGGUCCAGUUGGCGGAUCUGCCACGGAGCAGAUCCAGGAUUAUGCUGAACUAUCGUUGCGAUUCUUCCAUGAACGGGAUGGAUGCAUUGCAAUGCAUGGAUAUGAGUAAACUGCAUAUCUUGGAUGAAUGUCAUGAGACUUGAAUAAUAAUCCUCUUGUCAGGUAAGAGACUUCCAUAUAGCGAAAAGGGAGGAAGAUAUUGGAUAUUAUGCUGGUUAUAUAGGCAUAUGCUUUAGAAAUCUGCCGUAAAGAAUAUCAAGCUUUGGGAAUGUCAGUUAUUAGCACAUCAUGGGGCAUUGGAUUAGUCAUUGGCCCAGCUAUUGGAGGUUUUCUUGCGCAGGCUGCAGAGAAAUAUCCUACUAUAUUUUCUAAAGGAUCUCUUUUUGGGAGGUUUCCGUACUUCUUACCUUGUCUUUUGAUAUCAAUCUUUUCUGCGGGUGUACUUGUCAUCUGUUGUUUGCUUCCGGAAACUUUGCACAAUCAUCAAGAAUAUGACAAAGAAUGUGUUGACUCAGUUGAUGCACCAGAGGGCACUGCCAAUGAGUUUGAUUUGACUGAGAAGGUGCAAUUAACUGGAAGAUGUCCAACUUCUAAGCAAAGUCUUCUGAAAAAUUGGCCAUUGAUGUCAUCUAUUAUUGUGUAUUGUGUUUUCCAACUUCAUGAUAUGGCAUAUGCAGAGAUUUUCUCAUUAUGGGCAGUCAGUCCGAAGAAGAAUGGAGGAUUGAGCUAUUCGACUGCAGAUGUUGGUGAAGCUCUUGCUAUUUCCGGUUUUGGACUGCUGCUCUUUCAGUUGUUUCUAUACCCGCUUGUGGAGAAGAAUUUAGGGCCUGUUGUAAUAUCUCGCAUCGGGGCACUGGUAACCAUGCCGCUGCUAUCCAGUUACCCAUUCAUAGCUACAUUAACAGGCCUCAGCCUCGUGCUGCUAGUUGACUCUGUAUCUGUACUGAAGAAUGUGCUGGCAGUAUCGAUCACUACGGGGUUGUUUCUUCUCCAGAACAGAGCUGUGACACAAGAGCAAAGAGGAGCUGCAAACGGAAUUUCCAUGUCCGCUAUGUCCCUUUUCAAAGCUAUUGGUCCUGCUGCAGGAGGCUCUCUCUUUUCUUGGGCACAAAAGCGUCAAAAUGCUUCAUUUCUUCCAGGGGAUGAAAUGAUAUUCGUCAUCCUGAAUGGGAUCGAGGUUGUUGGAUUGGUGAUGACAUUUAAACCAUUUCUAGCUCUACCAGAUGAUGGUGAAUCAUAGCUCAAACUUCAGACAGAUGCAUGCAACAUCCACUUCAUCUUCAAUUUUACUAUAGACAUUAACUAUUAAACUGAUCUUUUCUUUUUUCCAGUUAAAUUUAUUAAAAGAAUAGGUAGUACUUUUUCUAAAUGAAUUUUCUAAUAUAGCAGAAGGAAAAUAACUUGUUACAGCGGGAAUGAUAGAUGUUACACAAUCAGAUUUUGUGAAGAAUUUGCAACUGAAUUUAAGUGAAAAACAGGUGAAGAUCAAGAAAGAUUAUGAUGAAAUUUGUAAAGAAGAAGAAGAGUGCUCGGGAAGCAAAAGAGAGAGUGAGGAGGAGGAGAGAACUCAGAAGUUUUGUAAAAUGUAGAAAAUGAUAAUGGCAAGUAAAGGGUGUUUACAGAAGGAGACUAAUUACACUACAUUUUUAGUUAAUUAUAUCGAACACCAACUAUUUAU